AUGAAAUUAGAUCGUGAGGUUGUCAUUAUCAGUGUGGCCGGCGCUUUUCGGAAAGGAAAAAGUUUUCUGUUGAAUUUUUUUCUGGAAUACUUGUACUGUCUACAAAAAUCCCAACAGAGUGAUGUUCCGUUGGAAUGGUUGACUGACGACUGUCAACUUCAUGGAUUUCAUUGGAGGUCGGGUGCGAAGCGAGAUACUGUCGGUGUAUGGAUAUGGGGUGAACCAAUUAUGAUUGAGGCAGCUUCGGGAGAGAUGUACGCCGUGCUUCUGAUGGAUACGCAAGGGACGUUCGACAACUCGUCCACAUAUCAACAAUGCCUCUCGAUUUUUGCUCUUUCAACAAUUAUUAGUUGUGUUCAGAUUUAUAAUGUGGUAGAUAACAUCCAAGAAGAUGCUCUACAGCAUCUUUCCCUAUUUGUUGAGUACGGAAGACUGGCGUUGACAGAAGCUCAACAAUUCGGAAAACCAUUUCAGAGCCUAGUGUUCUGUGUACGCGAUUUUAAAAACCCGGAAGAGUAUGGAUAUGGGGAGGAGGGAGGCGAGAAGUUCUUGCAACAGGUGUUGACGCCAUCUGCAGACCAACCGGAAGAAAUUCGCAGUGUCAGAGAACAAUUAUCAGAUUGUUUCGAGCAAAUCUCCUGCUAUCUGCUUCCACAUCCCGGCUAUCGUGUCGCCGAACGUCAGUCCUUCAGAGGGCACGUCAAAGAUUUACGGCCGAUAUUCCGCGAAGAAAUGAAAAAGAUGGUACCAUCAUUGUUGAAUCCACAUGCAUUGCAACCGAAAAUUAUUAACGGGAAACCUGUGACCUGCAGGAAGCUAAUGCAGUAUUUUAAGGAAUAUGUCAGUUCAUUCGACGGGAACUCACUGCCUGAGGCACACAGCAUUUUGAACGCGAAUGCCAAGCUAAUUUGUAUUGAGGCGGCUAACGAAGCAAAAAUAGCAUACAGUAGAGGGAUGGACCGGUCCACAGCCGGUUCUCGGAUGAUGCCCGAAAAGAAAUUGCUGGAAGCGCAUAUCAAGCACGGGAUCACCGCGCUGAACAUCUUUGAUAAGUGCCCAAAAAUCGGGACCGCCGACGUCAGGAGCAGGGCAUUAGCGAAAUUGCAGGAAGAUAUUAAUGCAGAGCUGGAACGAUACAAGCGACUCAACCAGGCGAAAAAAGUGACCGGAUGUGCUUCAGCGAUGACAGCCUGCGGCGAUAGUGUCCUGCUUGGAGUAGGGCUCGGCGCAGCUGCCUCUGGAGCUGCUGCAGUGACUUAUUGGACCCUACAAACGGGCCUCGUGAGUGCAGGUAUCGUAGCAAUUCCCAUCUCCCUUGCUACAUUGUUCGUGGUUUGGUUGUACGUAUCCGCAAAACCUCAUAUUGAUGAUUGCUUGAAAAAAGAGCCUCAAUAG